GCUAGAAUUGGCUAUCAUAAAAUUGUGGAGGUCGACCAUUGGACCAAUUGGCGUAUCGCAGUUUCCACCUCCUCGACCUCGACCUCGACCAUCUCUAUCUCUCUGAGCGUUCACGCUCGUACAUGAUCUUCACUCAAAGCACUCGCGACGAGUUAGUGCUUAUUUCAGUCUUCAUAAAGUACUCGAACUGACAAAUUCUUAUGUCUUCAGUUACCUCAGCGACCUCGUGUUCUCUCUUCUCAGUCAUUGAUAAGGACAUACAGACCUAGUUCAAUAUGCUCGCUCGAAACAUUAUGUAUCUCACUCGCUUCUCUCGGGGCUUUGCGACCCAUGCAAGCAACAUCUCCCGCUUUGCAGCGCCUCCGGCCGUGCUGCAUCUCAAGUCGGGCCAGUCUUUUGCAGGUCGUUCGUUCGGUGCCCCGAAAAGUAUUUAUGGAGAGACCGUGUUCUCCACCUCCAUCACUUCCUACACCGAAUCCAUGACCGACCCUUCUUACCGAGGCCAGAUUCUGGUCUUCACCACCCCUUUGAUUGGAAAUUAUGGUGUUCCAAACAACAAGACACCUGUUAAUGGCAAUGAUGUCGGCGUAUACCUCGAGUCUGAUCGCAUUCAGUGUUCAGCCAUUAUCGUAACCGACGUCGCUGAGAAGGCCUCGCAUUAUCUCGCGGUUGAAUCCCUCGCCGAAUGGUGCAAUCGUCACGGUGUUCCAGGUAUCUCCGGCGUGGACACCCGUGCCAUCACUCGUCUACUUCGUGACCAGGGUACUACUUUGGGGCGAGUUGCUGUUGGCGAUGAUGCCGCUCUCCCCGCACCCAAGGCUGAAGAGUUCUGGGAUCCUACCAUGGAAAACCUUGUAGCUCAAGUAUCCACGAAGAGUCCUUACGUACUCAACCCUACUGGUGAUGUCAAGAUUGCCGUUCUCGAUUUCGGCGCCAAGGCAAACAUUCCCCGUUCCCUCGUUCGCCGUGGAGCUUCGGUCACGAUGCUUCCUUGGAACUUCGACUUCAACAAGAUCCGUGAUCAAUAUGAUGGUCUUUUCCUCUCCAAUGGUCCUGGUGAUCCGAACCACUGCAUGGAGGCUGCCGUGCAUUUGAGGAAGACCAUGCAGGAGUGGGACAAGCCCAUCUUCGGUAUUUGCAUGGGUCACCAGGUCAUCGGUAUUGCAGCUGGUUUGGAUGCUUACCGUAUGACUUUCGGUAAUCGUGGUCACAACCAACCUGUCCUUGCCCUCGCUUCAUCUGGCUCUAUCAAGGCUGGUCGUGUCUAUGUUACAAGUCAAAACCAUCAAUAUGCUCUCAAGUUGCAGGAUCCUUUCCCUGCUGGUUGGGAGCCAUUCUUCAUCAACUGCAAUGACUCGUCGGUCGAGGGUAUCAAGUCGACCCCCGAUUCCGGUCGCAAGAUCUGGGGUGUACAGUUCCACCCUGAGAGUGCUGGCGGACCCCUUGACACUAUCGAGAUGUUCACUGACUUCCUCGCGGAGUGCCGUGCACAUAAAUACCAGUUGCAGACGAAGAAAAACGACGUCAUGGGUGCUGCUAAAGUCCAACCCUUCUUGACGAAGAAGAACGCUUCUCGACGUGUUGCUGUCGCUGCUUAAUACCUCUCAUCUGUCUUUGUUUUCUUUGUGAAAUUGCUUUGCGUAAAGUUAUAGAGUGUAAUAUGUACCAUAACAACUUGAACAAUAGAAGUUACUCUUGCAGACCGUUGUAAUUCCUCGGGUUCGGAAGUGAUGCAUGACAUGAAAGGGAAAUCCUGUAAGAUGGUAUUCACCAAGACUCCGCGCGAGAUAUGACUAUGUGCAUCCUAAAUACAUUGAGCAAGAUAUA